AUGCUUUCGGCCAACACCACGACAAUGACGUCCUGCAAGUGGCAGCGACCCAGAGUCAGGCGCUCCAUGUCGAUCCACCGGAUUGGCCAGCGGACGCAACCUCCAGGGAGAGCCUUGAAUCGCACUGCAUCUACUUGUGCAUCUGCACGCUGCUCUCCCAUUCCGCAGAGAACCGCUCCUGCAUCUGGCUCAUCUCAGCCCAGUGCUAGGCCACUAGCACCAUGA